AUGCCAGAGCUCUGCGGUACUUACAGAGGCGGCUGGAGACACGGCGUGGGACCGAGGGUGGCCACGGCGAGGGGUGACCCAGGACCGGAGGUGUCUGGUCGGGGCAGGGCUCGGACUCGGGAGGCGGUGGGGGAUGGUGGCCCCGACAAAACGCUGGCGUUUUUCCACCACCCAGUCAGGCUCCUCUGGCCCAAGUCCAAGUCCUUUGACUAUCUGUACGGCAUGGGGGAGAAGCUGCUGGAGAACUUCCCGGUGCAGGCCACCCUCUGCCUCUACGAGGACUCGGGCAGCGAGGAAGAGGAGGAGGAAGAGGAGGAAGAAGAGGAGGAG